AAUUAAACCGAAAAUUUACAUGAUAUCGUUUAGGAGUUGCUGGUAAUGCACGUUUCUGCGGUGUGUCAUUAAUUUGCUUCUUGAAAAAUCCCUGCUUCCCGGUAAUCCAGAUUCCAUCCUGUUUCUCAGUGGUAUGGGAGGUAAAAGGGGUUGCCGGGAUGUCCCAACACUGCCAUUGGGAGGCGUGCGCUUAGAUUUUCCUUUUGAUGAGGAAGACAUUUUUUGGUUUGUUGAUAUCCUUGGUUACGUCAUAUAGAUAGGAAAGAUAGCUAGUUCAAUAGUAACUGUUUACUAAAACCUUAUCUUAUCAAUUAAGUUAAAGUGUCUGAAAUAUAUUGAAACAAAAAAGCAUGAAAAUGUAAGCAAUGCCAAAACGCCUAUUAUCCGAGUUGUUUUUAACGCAACUGAUAAUAUUUAAAAUAACACACAUGCUAAUUUUUGUUUUUUAAGUAUUAAAAAAGUAAAAACAAACACAUGCGGUACAAUUGUCGUACAAACGUGAUUUUACAUUAAAACAACUUUUCAACAAAACAAGCUGUUGUUGUUGCCAAUGGAAACUGAUAUCUAUAGAAAUCUUAUAAAUUAUGCCAGAUUAAAUGGGCACGUAGUGAUCAUUUAGAGUCCUUUUUGCACGACCAUAAAACACCAAACUCGAACAAUCUAAGAGUAACCGACUUUUUAGGUAGGUGACAUUAAUAGUAAGUAUUAAAAAUGGUCGCUAAUAUUUCCACUUUGUAUGUAUAUUCGUUAGUUACUGCGCAGUUAUUGUAGUAUAUACUAAUCGCAAUUAACCGUUCACGCCCGUUAAGUUACAUCAGCAUCGCAGUUUGUUGUUUAGAUAAAAAGGAACAGUAAAAAUCACAGGCAUGAUGACAGCGUGUGAGUAAUUAAUAGCGUGACGUAUAAUUUUAAGCGUGAAGGAAGCGUCAUCCACAACCAAUACCGCGGAUUUCCGUGGAAAAAUAACGCGGUGUUAGCGUCAUUAUCAUUAUAUGGGUAGGCUACAAAGCACACGGAUGCCAAAUAUGUAGUGUUGAGCUCUGCCAUAUAGUCUAUAGAUUAAGAAAGUUAGGAGCUUGGCUGCUUGUAGUCUUCGUGCGCGUCUGGUGGGUACGGUACUACAGGUACGAUUCAUUUCGCUUUGGUUUGUGAUCUGAGCAGUUCAGAUUGGUGUAUUAUGGUUACAAAGAAGAAACCUUAGACAAUUUUACGUUGUGCGAUCAAUUUGUUGUUGUGAUAUAGUAUUGUGGGGUAAGAUGGGACACCUUUGACACAUAAUAUCCAAAUAUCCUAAUACUGAAUAUAAUUUCCAAACACAGAAAAUGACUUGGGUGUUUGUUUCAUUACUGGUAAUUAUCGGCACAGCAUGAUGUCUGACGUAGUGAGACAUAGCGACGCCAACAGUACAGAUGGUAGAAAUGUACCUUGAAGCGGUGCCAUAUGUGUUUAGUAAUAUUUUGUCCCGGAACGUUUUUUAAUCGGUCCGUAUUUAAUAGACCUCGUAUUGUAUAUGUUCCAACCUACUACGCAUGCGCAGUAGCGUCGCGACGUAAUACGUAUACCAUAUAAUAGACAGUACAACGACGCAUAUAUAUACAUAACGUGCACAACAAAUAACAUGCCGACAAAGAUACGAAGGUAUAAGUGCAGCGAGUGCAAGAGACAAAAGUAAUUAAGGACGUACAUAUAAUCAUUGAAACACCGACAAAUAAAAUGUGUGACAAAUUCGUCCGGUUUUACAUUUAAUCUCAGUGUCACCGAGUUAUUCAUACCUUUGUUACAUUUUCCAAGUUAUGUCUCAAAAAUUUAUCAAAUAAAAUCUCCAACUUUUUCUAAUGUAUUUGCAUAUAAAAUAAUCCACAAAAAAAUAUGCGUAACACUCUUGUGCUGACCUUCUUGUAAGAUUGAAGGUCUUGCCGGGACUUUCUUGUAAGAUUGCACAUACUUUGGUGGAAGGUCACGUCUUAUUUUCCUUCAAACUGAAAUACGAUAUAGGCGGCCGUUAAAACACUGUGUGGUACAGGUUUGGUGGAUUACGGUAUCUUAACUGACUGUAUUAAGAAAUACUGAAUUUCUGUUGCAAGAUUUGAUUUUAUUUCUGCAUUUUACUAGAAUUUUUAUGAGAAUGAGUAUAGUCGGGGAAAAGACAUUUAAAGGUAAAACGUCAGAGCUACUGAUCAACUUAAACAGAUUACGAGAAGCAAAUGUGCUCUGUGACGUCACAUUCAAAGUUGAUGGCCAGAAGAUAUCUUGCCAUAAAGCAAUUCUCGCUGCAUAUUCCAAACAUUUCGAAAACAAGUUUACUUCAGGGGAAUAUUUGGGCGAAGAAAUUGAACUGACUGGCUUUACAGCGACAACGUUUUUGACGAUACUUCAGUUCGUGUACAAUCAAACAAUCACCAUCAGCAACUCCAACGUGCUUCAAAUAUAUGAGGCAUGUGAACAGAUGCAAAUUAAUCCUGUCAAAGAUUUUUGUGAAGAGUUUAUUAACGAAGAGCUGCAGGUCGGAAACUGUUUACGAUUCCGAUUCUUUGCGCUACGAUAUCAAAACAGAACCUUGACAGCCAAAUGCGAAAACUUUAUUCUUAACAAUUUUCAAUUAGUAACAAACGAGAAUGAGUUUAAGGAACUGAGUGUGGAUGAUGCACAGGGGUUGCUGGCAAUGAAAAAACAACAGGAUCCUCAACCUGCUGAGUUAUUUUUCGGGAUCAUUUUAGACUGGGUGAAAUAUAACCCUGAAAAACGAGCACAAUUCUUUGAAAGAUUGUUGCAGAUGGUUGAUAUAACGAAUCUGCCAACUAAGUACCUAAAUGACUUCACGAAACGAGCGGAGAAAUGGGUAAUGAAGACUGAUGUUUACGUUCAAACGGUUGUGCCAGAAUUACUCAACCGUCUAUCCAAUCCGACCAAAAAUGUAAAAACGGAAGAAGACAACUUGAAGUUCAUGGUGGUAGGUGACGAAGAUCAAAAGUCCAAAAGCGUCACUGUGUACAAUGUGAAAAGUAAAACGUGGAAAAACAUGAAGUCAACGAAAUACCAUCGAUAUGGAGCAAGUACUGUUAAGAUAAAAAGCCGAGUGUAUACGGCUGGAGGAAGGAAAUCGAAAAAUGUAGAGACUUUUGAUUUGGAGAACAUUGAGGACGAUUGGCAGUUGGUGUUGCCCAUGAAACAAAAUCGAUGGCGAGCAGCCUCUGCGGUUAUAAACGAUAAAAUGUACACUGUUGGUGGAUGGGAUGAAGGCACGUUGGCAACAGCAGAAGUUUAUGAUCCUGGAUUGGACAAGUGGGAACUAUUUGCAUCUCUAAUAACACAGCGGGCUCAUCAUGCGCUUGUGUCUUGGCAAGGUUGUUUGUACGCCUUCGGAGGGAACAGUCAUGGUGGAGUAAGGUCUUUAUUGGGUGAACUGAACUCGUUGGAAACUUAUGAUCCAAGAAACGGCAAAUGGAAAUCACUUGCAAACAUGAAAGAAAAGCGGGAUGGAUUGUGUGGGGUGGCUUUAAACCAUUCCCUCUACGCCAUCGGUGGUAAUGGGCUGUCAUCGGUCGAACGUUACGACUUACGAAUGAACAAAUGGACCGAUUCGUGCAACUUGAAAAUGAGCAGGAGUGCUGCGUGUGCGUGUGUUGUGGAUGGGAAGAUAUAUGUCGUCGGGAGUCGUGGCGAGAAAAAGGCAAGUAAGUCAGUGGAAUGCUUUGAUCCCAAAGGCGACGAAUGGCUAUUGGAAACAGACAUGGAAGCAGCAAGAGUUUAUGCCACAGUGGUCGCUCUGUAAACUUAAUGCAAAGCCAAUGCAUGGGCCAGUUUUCAAAACGUAGUAGCCCAAACCCAAGAACAACAUUUAAAAUCGAGCAUACCACUUGCUUAAUUUCGAUAAUUUGCUGGGAUACAUCAGUCAUAAUUUUCGAAAUAUUCUUUGUUUACCAACAAUGACGAUGAAACAGAAUUAAAACAUGGGUCAGCUUACCCUAACCUAUAAUAUCUCUAUGGUGUCCGAUGUAUAUAAACAGAAAUGAACCCAAUAUACUCAUUACCGCAACGAUUAGCCGAAAGGUACGGUAAAGGCUUAUUUGUUAAUGAUAUGUAAAUUAACCGUGUGAAUAAACUAUAUAUGGCUAACUAAA